GAGUGCUGUGGAUGGCAGGGAGACCAGAUUUGAACAUUCACAGAACAGGACACUCCAGGGGGAGGGACGCCCCACCCUGCACCAUCCACUCCCUCCGACUGGGUGGGGUUGGGUGCGGGUGGCAGUGACACGGCACUGGCUGGGGUGUGUCCCUUUGAACAGACAGCAGCGAACCUUGGCAUGAACUGGCAGCUCAUCGGGAGAGGGACCGUCUCUCACUCUGGCGUGGGCAGCGCCCGGCAAUGGCCCUGGUCCUGACUGGGCCUCUUGGCCCCACUGUAACCCAAAUCAACACUAAUAUGAAUGGUCCUGCUCUUCGGUCUGUGCCAGCACAAAGCCAGAGGCUGAUAUGGCUCCACCCUCCCUGAUCGGAGCCCGGAUGGGCCCUCCUGGGGCUUGUGCAGCAUAGACCCAGCUGAGUGGUUUGGCUGGGACGUCAUGAACUCGGCCCUCCCUGGAUGGGACUCGAGGAGGCUCUGCCGGACCCAAGAGCAGGUGGCCCGGAACUCGGCGUUGUCAUCCCAGCUGGCAAUGACCUCACCCAGCUCAGAACUUCUGAGCCAUUCGGACCCAAACAGCCGGAUGCCGUUUGGAGCAGAACAUUCCAGGGCUAUUUAGACCACAACAUUCUGGUGCCCCUUGGAUCAAACCGUUGGCUCAGGUCAGUUGUGCUCCUGUCUCUGCUGCCUGCACUGUGAGAGUUGGAGAUUUAGCUGGAGAAUUGGACCAGAACCGCCAUCCCUUCCCCAGCAGAGACCCAGACUUUCUGGCUAGUGCUGGGACAGAGACCCCAGCAGGUUCCGAGGACUGUGACAAGCACCAGCCUUAGCCCGAAUCCCCAGAGCCAGGACCAUGGUGCACAAUCAAGGGCUUCCUGCCGAGGCCCCAGAGACGAAUCUUGGAGCUGCCCAGGACGGGUCAGAGUCGCAGAGAUCAAGGGAGUCGCCCCCUCAUCAGGGCGUCUCUGCUGGGAGCCCUGGUGCUGAGAAAACAGCGGAGCAGGGGGUCUCUGCCGCAAGCCCAGUUCAUGAGGAAACAGCAGUGGAGGGGGUCUCUGCCGGAAAGCCUGGUCCUGAGAAAACAGCAGAGGAGGGGGGCUCUGCUCCUGCUGGCCCCAGGGACCAAAGCCAGCAUCCCUCUGCGGCCACAUCUGUCACCAGCCACUCCUCCAUCCGCGGCGUGGAACCCGUGGCCUCCAACCUCCCGUGUGCGCAGCCGCCAUGUGAGUCUCCCAGCUCAGGCGAGAAGAGAAAGCGCUCGGCACGUGGCAGAGAGGCCGAGGAGGAGGCAGAAGAAAAGGCCCUUUAUUAUAUGAAGGUCCAGGCCGUGAACGGCGUCUCGGUGGCCUGGGAGACCGGGGCCGGCUUCGAAGCCAUUAGGAAACGGCCUCGGAUCUUUAAGACCAAGUACAUCGGAGGAGAAAGCUUUGCCGGCUCGGACCUGAGCAGCUCCCACACCAAGUCCGAGCUGGGGGACGUGGACUCGGAGGCAGAGUGCGGCGUUGAGGGGCCGGCAGAGGAGGUGCCGCAGCAGCCGACGGGAGCGCCCCCGGAGUGGCUCCUCACCAUCGAGCAGGGCGUGCGGUGCCUGGCCUGCUGCCGAGUCUUUCCCAGCCUGGAGGCCCUGACCCAGCAUGUUAAGCAGGGGCUGCGCGAAGGCUUCAGCUGCCGCGUGUACUACCGGGUGCUGGGGCAGCUGAGGGCGAGAGACAGGUCCCUGCGGAGACGGCAACGCGGGGGCCGGGGACGCCAGCCACGCGUCCGGGAGUGCAGCAAGUGUGGGGGACAGAUACGGCGCCCACGCAAGGCUGCCAAAUAGGCCUGGCUAGGCCGUGCCGGGGGGUGCCCAGCUGCUGGCUGAGACCGGAAACGACUCUGCCAGAGGACCCCUGAAGCCACAGGGUGGCGAGUGCUGCCAGCAGCAGGUCCGGGGCACACACGCCAGUCGCUGCCCCCGGCUAGGAAGCCCUGCCCGCUCCCGGCUUGCCAGCCAGACCCGAUCUCCACCUGAGGCCAGGACAACGAGCUCUGGGACUCGCCGUGAUACGCCCGGGUCCCUGCUUGGGAGAGACCAGCGCUAUGAGCAUCAGGGCUGAGAACUGGCAGCUCCAGCAGCGCCAGGCCAACUGCAUCCCAGCCCAGCACUCCAGACCCGCCCCGGGCUCCCCUGUCCCGGGGCCAACAGGCCGAACCGGAGCUGCCGGGCUCCCUCCCCUCCCCCAGCCCGGCCGGAAGAGCAACCCGCAGCUCCCGCAGCAAGGCCCUGCGGAUGCCAGCAGAGCCCCAGACAGCAACGCCGGGCCCCACCCCUCCAUAGGGCUCUGGCCGACCCGGACCAGCCACCAACGACGGGGAAAGAACUGACGGCAUCAGCCAGCCCUCUCCCUGCCAGGCCCCAGCCUAAAGCCUGGGCCGCCGGCCGCCCAGAGGGAUGGAGGGUCGGUAGCAGAUCCGCGUCCUUAGAGACGCACACGGACUCCAGCCCAUCGACGGGAGGAUGGUGAUGGGAAGACGUCUCUCUGCAGCAUCCCCAGAGAUGGACGCACAGGGCGGAUACAACACACAGCCCCUGAAGGCUGAGCCCUGGCCUCUGCCCCACAGAACAGCGAGCUGGGAGGCGCCCCGCCGGCACAGACAUCAGCUAAGUGACUUACUUUGGGGGUUCCCGUCUGGGGGGGGGAUGCCCUGGGGUCACGGAGCAUCUCAGGGGCUUGUGAGCUAGGGCAGGGAGCUAAAUGGUCUGGGCAAGGGGCUGGAGGUCAGGAAGGCGAAUG